ACGUCAUCCGCCGUAUGCAUAAGCCCUGCUAUUGUCUUACUGCUACGGCAGGGUUGAGGAUUGCAGUAUCCGCUGGUGCUGCUGCUGCUGCUGCUGCUGCUGCUGCUGUUCUUGCUCCCAGCCCUGCCCCUGCGCUACCUAGUCCUGCCUCACGGCAGGCAUCCCACGAGAGCCACGUUGGCCUGCCUUUGCCCAGUGGAUUUUGAAAAGCAGCAAUUUGGUUGUGGUGCUGUGAAACCUUGCUUUUCACUCACGGGAGAAAGCUGAAUCUCAGAGGCGAAUCUGGCAGCUGGACACAGCUCGGACUUCAUUGUCUGCCUUCAUGACCCCUGCUGGGUAGCCAGCUCAUCUCUCAACGCACAUCUUCUUGUGCUUUCUUCCUCCCUUUUCCUAUUUUUCUCUCCUCAUUUUUUUUAAAGCAGCUUUCUGGAGCCAGCCAUGUUUGGUACUGAAUCUUCAUGAAUCCUGUUGGAGAGAGCUCAAGUUUUAAAACUAAGUGUGAAACUGCAUGUUCACUCAUGAGCAUGUUUCUGAAUACCCUAACGCCGAAGUUCUACGUUGCUCUGACAGGCACAUCCUCACUAAUAUCAGGGCUUAUUUUGAUAUUUGAAUGGUGGUAUUUUCGCAAGUAUGGAACAUCCUUCAUUGAACAAGUGUCAGUAAGCCACUUGCGCCCCCUUCUGGGAGGGGUUGACAAUAAUUCUUCCAAUAAUUCAAACUCUAGCAAUGGGGACUCAGAUUCCAACAGGCAAAGUGUCUCAGAAUGCAAAGUAUGGCGAAAUCCACUAAAUUUAUUUAGGGGUGCUGAAUAUAAUCGAUAUACUUGGGUCACAGGACGAGAGCCUCUGACUUACUAUGACAUGAAUCUCUCUGCCCAGGAUCACCAGACAUUCUUUACUUGUGACUCAGACCAUCUUCGUCCUGCAGAUGCAAUAAUGCAGAAAGCCUGGAGAGAGAGAAACCCUCAAGCUAGGAUUUCUGCAGCUCAUGAAGCCUUGGAGAUAAAUGAAAUUAGGUCCAGAGUUGAAGUUCCCCUAAUUGCUUCCUCUACCAUCUGGGAGAUAAAAUUGUUACCAAAGUGUGCAACUGCUUAUAUUCUUUUGGCUGAAGAGGAAGCAACAACCAUUGCUGAAGCAGAAAAACUCUUUAAGCAGGCCCUGAAGGCUGGUGAUGGCUGUUACCGACGUUCUCAGCAGCUGCAGCACCAUGGGUCCCAGUAUGAAGCUCAACAUAGACGAGACACCAAUGUCUUGGUCUACAUCAAAAGAAGGCUAGCAAUGUGUGCCCGAAGACUUGGGAGGACCAGGGAAGCAGUGAAAAUGAUGAGAGAUUUAAUGAAGGAAUUCCCCCUCUUAAGCAUGUUCAACAUCCAUGAAAACCUUCUAGAAGCCCUUCUGGAACUCCAAGCAUAUGCUGAUGUCCAAGCAGUCUUAGCAAAGUAUGAUGAUAUAAGCCUACCAAAGUCAGCAACAAUAUGCUACACAGCUGCCUUGCUCAAAGCAAGAGCUGUCUCUGACAAAUUCUCUCCUGAGGCAGCAUCUCGGAGGGGGCUGAGUACAGCAGAGAUGAACGCAGUAGAGGCCAUUCACAGAGCUGUGGAAUUCAAUCCGCACGUGCCAAAAUACCUACUAGAAAUGAAAAGCUUAAUCCUCCCCCCAGAACACAUCCUGAAGCGAGGAGACAGUGAAGCCAUAGCAUAUGCAUUCUUUCACCUUGCACACUGGAAGAGGGUAGAAGGGGCUCUGAAUCUUUUGCAUUGUACAUGGGAAGGCACAUUUCGCAUGAUCCCUUAUCCACUGGAAAAGGGGCACCUCUUUUAUCCGUACCCAAUUUGUACAGAAACAGCCGACCGGGAGCUGCUUCCCUCUUUCCAUGAAGUCUCAGUUUACCCAAAGAAGGAGCUUCCCUUCUUUAUCCUCUUUACCGCAGGAUUAUGUUCCUUCACAGCCAUGUUGGCCCUCCUGACACAUCAGUUCCCGGAACUAAUGGGGGUCUUCGCAAAAGCUUUCCUCAGCACUUUGUUUGCUCCCUUGAAUUUUGUCAUGGAGAAAGUGGAGAGCAUCCUUCCCUCUAGCCUGUGGCAUCAGCUGACUCGGAUCUGAGGGGAGCCAGCCAUCCUUCACUCUCCUCACCCAGCCGGCCGCCACCAUCUCUCCCGUGCCAACACCUCAUGGACCGCAAGAAAGCAUGCCUUUGAAAAAAGGAAGCCAUUCCGAGAUUUAAAAUGUUCAUGGACUGUCUGUUCCAUAUUAAACCUGUUUUGGUUGUACAAAAUUCAUUGAUGUUCAGUUCUACUUUAUUUUGCCUCCAAAAACAAAGAAAAAAAGUAAAAAAUAAAUAAAUAAAAUAAACUUUUGUGUAUUGCAGCAA